AUGAUCUACUUUAUACUUCUAUUUAUUAAUUUUGCAUUAUCAAAACCGUGUAUUGGAUAUAUUAAAUCAGAAAUCGAUACAGUUGACAGUGCAUUUGAAUGUAUUGAAUCAAUUGAAACAACAGAAGAAGAAAAUGAAGAUAUUAUUAAUGGAUUAAAAUAUUAUUUAGAAGCAUAUGUAUUUAAAGAUAUAUUAAAGAAUCCCCCACAACCAUCAUUUUCAAAUAAUUAUUAUGAAAAAAAACACUGUGCCUUAAAAUGUCCACAUGCACAAUUUACAGAAGCAAGAUCAGCAAUUUCAAUUGGGUCAUUGAAUGCUACACCAUUAUCAAAAGAAUAUUUAAACACACCAAUAACUAUUACAUGGGAAAAUGAAGAAAGUGUAACAGUUAAUUAUAAAAUAUAUAGAAAAUCACUUGUUGAUGGACAAAUGAAUGAAUUAGUUUAUAAAAAAGAUCAUGCAAACGGAACUAAAGUGAGUUUUACACAAGAAGAAAUAAACCCAGGAAAAGAAAUAGUUAAUACAAUGAAGAUACUAGAACAAUACGUUUCAGAUGAUAGGGGCGUACGUUGUGUUCUAACAGAUAGUGAAAUCAACACACUUAUUGUUUUAUCAUUCCAACCAGAUAAGAAAUUGAGGAAGUCCUAUGAGGAUACGAUUUCAAAAUGUAUUGAUUUAUUUGAUUCAAAUGAUUAUCCAAUUCAGGUCAUAUUCGCAAAGAAUGGAGGGGGAGAUGCUAAAUAUUCACAGUGGAUAGAAAAGAUAUUAGCACCACGUGAUGAUGUAAAUUAUAUAUUUUCUGCAAGAGAAUCUGAAUGUUCAGAAACUUUGAUAAGAAUUAAAAUUGGAGCAAAUCUUUUUAAUCCAGAAACAUGUAGACGAAGAAGGAGUCUAGUUAAAACAGCUAUUUCCAUUUUUGAUAUAAUCCCAUUUGAAUUCCCACUUGGAAAAUGGUAUACAAAACCAAAUAUUAUUAAAUAUGGUGAUGUUGAACAUAAAAUUACACAACCAUCAAUAAAUAAAUGGAGCCCAAAGAAAUUAAUGAAAAAUCCAAGAAAACCAACAGACAUAGUAGUUUAUACAGAUUCAUUUUGUUAUUCUGCUUGUUCAGAAGUAACAAAAGGAUUAAAAGAAUGGGGAGGAGCUAUUCUUGUAGGAUAUGAUGGUGAUCCAUAUGGUGAAGAUGAUGAAUUUGAAGUAGGACAAUCACCAUCAUCUAACAUCCCAAAUAUAACUGAACUUGAACCUCAAAAUCCAUUUACACAAUAUGGUUAUAAAUUUGGAUUAACUGUUUUAGAAUCAUACAGAUUUAAUUAUGAAUAUGAUGAAAGUAUUCCUAGAGAAUUUUUAACAGAUAUGAUAGAUGAAAGAGUGAAUAUUUAUAGUUACCCUGAUAGAAUUGAUAUUUUUGAAGAAGAAACAAAGAAGAUAAUAGAGAAAUAUCAAACAAAAUGUAAUCCAAAUAAUAAAAGAUUAGUUAAAAGAGAUGAAAAAUGUGAUAAAGAAAUUAAUAUAGAACAUGGACAUGGAGGAUAUGAAUGUGGAGAUAAUGGAGAAUGGAGUACAAAAUGUGUACUUUCAUAUUGUGAUCCAGGAUACAAAUUUGAUUAUAUCAAUAAUAAAUGCAUUGAAGGAGUAUGUUCAAAGGGAGUAUCAAUAAACAUAAUAAAGGUAGUGAUGAUAAUUGGAAUAAUCACAUUAAUUCUCUAA